GAGCUGCACCUGGGCCUCUCCUGGUUUCAAUGCUGCCUUCCCCCCCUCCCUCGUUGGAUCCGUUCCCCGGUUCAUCCUUCUAGGCACUCCCCCUUGGAUUCUUAUUUGAUGCUCUUCUGUCCAGCCCUUGACUUGGUCUUUGCCCCAGCGAGUAUUGCGCAGACUGGACUAACUAAUCAUGCGGCGAGCAAAAGCUUAUACCUCUCGGAGAUCAGCUUUAUCUUUAUUUCGAAAGAAAUAAUAUUUCCCGGCGCGGUUUCUGAGCUACUAUUAGAGUGUUUGGCUUCAUUGCAUUUCGCCCAUCUGAUUUUUAAUCUCAAUAAGUGAAUCCUCCAGACCGUCCUUUACAUUGGCUGAGGGGUACCGGUUACACGGAACAAACCAUUCACAUUUUAAUCCCCCUCCCCUGACGUCAGUCC